CGAGCUUGCGGCAACCGCCACACUUAGAAGGGGAGGAUUGUUUGUUGUGCAAGUAGGGUUCCAAGUCGCUCAUUUUGCCAUUGACGUAUUCAUGGCCAGUGGUGGAUCUCUCUCUGCUAGUAUGGCCGCCCUCGCCGCCGCAAAGCUUAAACGUGACCUUAUUUUUAGUAGUGUUCUUUAUGAUCUGACAGUGAAUCGCAUGCUACGUUACGUGCAGAUGUAUGCGUCGCUCCUAUUCGGUCAACUUUUGACAUCCGAUGCCCUUGAGACUCUUGUGCAACAUUAUCCAAAUCCGCCAUGCGAAAGUCUCAACUUUGUCUGUGUGUUUGAUGUGGAGGAAUCAUGCGUGCGCCGGGCGCGGAAAAUGACGGCAAAAAACUCAUCCGAAGGCCCGGACAGCAACGGUAUGAGACAAUUGAUUCCCAGACAGGGCGAGCUACUCCUGAGGGAAUCCACGCAGGAAAGAUACCACUACUGUGGGGUGAUGGUCUGGGCAACGUCUCGUCUGUUCGUGUUGCUUUCUACCGUCCGGGACGUCACCACAUGCGAUCGUUGCCCCAACAGUGAUCUUCCCAAGCUGGCCCUCUCGGCCAAACGCCAGCUGCUCCAACUGCUUCUGGACGGCAUGCUCCAGCAGCGGCUGGAUUUUGCAUGGGGGAAAAUACGCGCAUCUCGGGGUGAGAAAAAUGAAGCCAACAAUAAUGAUAAUGACAGCACCGAUAGCGCCGAACAGGGACCGUCCAGAGAGGAUCUGCAGACUUUGCAAGCUCAUUGGAGGAAACACCGUCUUUUUAACGUUUCUAAGCCAUUUUUAGAGAUUUUUUUAGACUGGAAGUUGAUACUGGCGAGUCAUCACGGUGCUCUUUUAGCAGCUUGUGAACCCAACUUUUCCCUUCACCUCUUUCUGGAAGGGUCUGGGGAAAAACUUGCCGGGACUCAUUGUAAAUACAGCAAUAAUAAUAAUAAUAAUAGUACCAUUGCGUUGACGUUAGCAAGCUGUCAGACGAAUCGGAGGUGUUUCACCGUUGUGGAAUUUUCCAGUGGCUCGUCUGGUUGCAUCGAGAGCGCGGCACUCUACCGUGGGACGAGUGAAGGAGGUACGCUCGAUGAGCUGCUGGAUGAAGAAGAAGCGGAGUUGAUAGAACAAACAUUGAAGCUGCUUUCUAGUGCUCUGUGGGGCUGCAUUCACAGCUGA